AUGACACAACAAGGUGACUUACGCUACCAACUACCAACUCCGCAAGACAGCCAGUUAUUGGCUGAUAUCGACCAAGCAAUAGCGAAACGAACACAAACUGAUGAGAACCCAGAUCGGUACUCCGAGGCAUACGUCGAAGAAGACUUUGACAUCUCUGGACAUGCAAAUAUGGACAAUGUAGCGAAUGACAAUCAACAACAAGCUCUCACAGACGAAAUGACACCACUUAAUAUCCUAUCUCAACAACUAGGCAUCCAGGAGUCUCAGUCCGACUUGCACAAUCUGCGCUCUGUGGUUCCCGAAUCACUCGGACAAAAGACCGCAGAAGAAUCAAACAACAAUUCAACAACGAAUACUGUUUAUGUCACGCUUCGAGAUGUUGAGCGUGAGAGCGGGUCACGCGAUUUUGAAGCUAGUUCGACGCCCUUUGAACGUGAGGCUAUUCAAGUGGUGGUCGACAAUGGAUCGUUGCAAGUCCAUAGUACUGCGGAAUUAGCAAAUAGCAACCAUUCAAUGUCUGCUAUCAGUGAUGGACAACAACAAGCGCUCCCUGAGCUUGGAGAUAAUGCGACGGAAUCACAAAUUUCGGGUCACUACUAUCAGCGGAUGGCAGAAGCUUUUGCGAAUAUAGGAUUUAUUAGAAUGGAGCCAGGCAGCGAUGAUGACAAGCCUGUAUCAGCACGGCUUAGAAAAAGGGAAAGUUAUCCACAGUAUCGCGAAGUAUUAUUCUCGACACGGAGGAAAAGAAAAAAGACAACAUCGCACGGACCAACCCCGCAACGAAGCCGGAGCGCAAGUAUUGGAAGCUUGGCAUCACGCGGGGAGUCAAAUAUCUCAACUCCCUACCCUCCCUCGCAAAGAAGUCGUAGCGCGAGUGUUGAAAGUACGGUGUCGCGUGAAGAGCCCCAAAUUUCAACUCCCAAGCGUCCCCGCGGACGCCGCAUCACCAAUACGUUAUCACGUGAAUUAAUAAUAUCAAGUCCAAGGCGUCGUCUGCGAAGAAGUCGCAACAUCAACGUUGUAUCACGUGAAGUCUCAACUCCAAAGCGUGUUCGAAGAAGUCGCAGCGUCAACGUUGUAUCACGUGGAGUCUCAACUCCAAAGCAUCGUGCUCGAAGAGGUCGUAGCGUCAAUGUUGUAUCACGUGAGGUUUCAACUCCAAAACAUCGUGCUCGAAGAGGUCGUAGUGUCAAUGUUGUAUCGCGUGAAGUUUCAACUCCAAAGAGUCUCAAGCGUCGUCCGCCAAGAAAUCGUAGUAUCAGCGUUGCAAGUACUUCUAGGGUUGUUAAACGUCCACGAGGAUCUGCGUCGACUCGUGGGAAGCGUAGGCCGCGUGCUAAUAAAGGAUUAACAGAACUGACGUCUUUGGAAGAACAAGUGGAAGAAGGGACUGCUUUUAAGGAAAAUACAGUUGACGAAGACUCACACAACAUUAAUGACAGAUCUGCUCCUGAAACAAUAGAAGAACAAUCCGAUCAACGAAAUAGCGUUCAAGAAGAUGACACUGAUGGUGAAAGUAGUAGUAUUGAAUUGAGGUCGGUACGCAGUCCACGUGGUAGAGUAAGAGGCGCUAGAGGUAGUCGAGGAAGUGCGAGCAUUUCCAGGGUUGCCAGACGUUCUCGAGCAUCGGCAACUCGUGGGAAGCGUGCGCUGCGUGCUAAUAGUAGAUCAAAUAAGCUGACGUCUGUGGAAGAGCAGGUGGAAGAAGGGACUAUUUCUAAGGAAGAUACAGUUGACGAAGACUCGCAUGACGUUAAUAACAAAUCUGCGUCUGAAACGAUGGAAGAACAAUCUGAUGAACAUAGUAAAUCCGAUGAACAUAGUAGCUUCCAAGAAGGUGGCAGUGAUAGUGAAAGUAGUGGUAUUGAAUUGAAACCAGUACGCAGUCCACGUGGUAGGGGAAGACGUGUUCGAGGAAAUCGUGUUCGAGGAAGUCGAGGGGUUGCGAGCACUUCUGGAGUUGCCAGACGUUCUCGAACAUCGGCAACUCGUGGGAAACGUACGCGGCGUGCUAAUAGUAGAUCAAAUAAGUUGACGUCUAUGGAAGAGCAAGUGGAAGAAGGGACUAUUUCUAAGGAAGAUACAGUUGACGAAGACUCGCAUGAUGUUAAUAACAAAUCUGCAUCUGAGACGAUGGAAGAACAAUCUGAUGAACAUAGUAAAUCCGACGAACAUAGUAGCUUCCAAGAAGAUGACAGUGAUAGUGAAAGUAAUAAUAGUAUUGAAUUGAAGCCGAUACGCAGUCCACGUGGUAGGGGAAGACGCGUUCGAGGAAGUCGUGGUCAAAGAGGCCGAGGUCGGGGAGGCCGUACAGGAGGAUCACCGGUUGAGCGAAGCUUAUCUCCGAGUUUACCUCCGGAUGUGGUCGAAUUGAUUGUGGAGAAUCCUAUAACUCUUGAUGUUGAGAGCACUUCUACAGUUGUCAGACGUUCUCGAACGUUGGUCACGUCUGCAUCGACUCGUUCAUUGCGUAAAUCAAAUAAGCAUACGCCUUUGGAAGAGCAGAUGGAAGAAGGGACUAUCUCCAAGGACGAUACAGUUGACGAAGACUCGCAUGACAUUAAUAGCAAAUCUGCGUCUGAAACAAUAGAAGAACGAUCCGAUCGACAGAAUCGCUUCCAAAGGGUUGACAGUGAUAGUGAAAAUAGUAGUAUUGAAUUGAAGUCGAUACGCAGUCCACGUGGUAGGGGAAGAGGCGGAAAUCGUACUCGAGGAGGCCGAGGUAGAGGGGGCCGCACAGGAGAAUUACACCUCAAGCGAAGUUUGUCACCAAGCUUACCUUCGGAUGUGGUCGAACUGAUUGCGGAGAAUCCUAUAGCUCUUGAAAAUGCAGUAAAGGCCUUGGCAUCCACUAAUUACGAUUUGCUUGGAAGUACGACUCCGGUUGUCAGUCCUUCGACGCCAUCGAGCGAUAGAGCACGUAGUCCCAACCGAUACCGAAUAAUUCCUCGGUCGCCAACUCCAUCCUUUAAUUAUCCUUUCGAUCGUAGUGCUAGUGCUAGUUCUAGUCCUACGCCGAGUGUUGGUCGUAGUUCGCCGACGAGUUCGAGGGCAUGGACUGACAUUCAUUGGAAGCAAUUGAAGAUUUUGUACAGGGAGACAAGGAUAGCAUAUAUACGAUCAGGAAAAGAAGUUAUUGGGAAUACAGAAUUUUAUCAAACGGUUGCUAAUAAGUUUUGCGAGUUGGAUUCGCGUAAUCUCUUAUUUUUACGGGACCUGAAAGUUCGUGUAAAGAGUAUAGAACGAGCAGAAUUGUCCCGUAAUACCGAGCGAAGGGAUAGUAUGGAUAGUACUACAUCAUAUAAUAGUGUUAAUCUGUUUAAUAGAGAAUAUUCUAAUCUAAGGGAAGGAAGUCCCGCCGAGACACCCAAGAAACGAAAGUUGAGCGAAAUUGAUUCGACUUCUGAGCCACUGAAUGCCGAAGACGAAGAUCAGCACAAACGAAAAAAGGUAUACGAAACUCCAACGCGGCUGACUAACUUUAUUAGUAAAUGGUUUGGAGAUCGAUGGACAUCUCCAAGCGGUAGUCGAGUGCAUUCAUCUGGUAUCAGCGAAGAUGAUAAUGAAGUAAACACGUCGGAACUGACACAAUCACCUACCGCGACUAUGAAUCCUAAAGACUAA